AUGGCCAAGACCCCUAGUGACUAUAUUUUGCACUCCCUGGAGGAGCUGGUGCCCUAUGACUUUGAGAAAUUCAAGUUCAAGCUGCAAAACACCAGCCUAGAGAAGGAGCAACAACGGAUACCCCGAGGCCUGCUCCCGACAGCCAGGCCGGUGAAGCUGGCCUCUCUUCUGCUCAGCUACUAUGGGGAGAAGUGUGCUGUGCAGCUGACCCUGCAGGUCCUGAGGGCCAUGAACCAGCACCUCCUGGCAGAGGAGCUCCACAGGGCUGUUGACUCAGAAUACCUGAGACAAGAAAGUGGCACUGACUGUCUAGCAAUGUCUUGUUCCUCUGGGGAGAAUAAGCCUAAGAGCCUGAAGAUACCAGAUGGCCUGGAAGGUGACAGACAGCAGCAAAGUGGUGAUGGAGCAGCCAGCCAACCCCAGAAGAAGCCUCACAGCAAACGGAGAGAUCUGAAGGGCUCAGAGGGCCUGGAUGUGCAGAGCAAGCCAGGGGCCCGGGGUACGACUCUGUCUCCCAAGAAAAGUCCACUCCCCGGCAAGCUGCAAGGGGAGAAGGGCAGUGAUUCCACUGUCAGGCUACGCAGGAAUGCCAGCUCUGCAGGCAGGCUCCAGGGACUCUGCAGUGGGUCAUAUGCUGGGUCCCUGGGAAGGAAAGAAUGCAAGGCAUCUGAAGCAGGUGCAACUUCAAAAAAGAAUCGACCCAGAAGCCUUGAACUUACCAUUCCUUCCAGAGAGAGGGCUCUCUCCAAUCUAGAAACUCAUCUGCCUCAAGAGAAAGUGAGAAGUGAGAAUCUGGACUCAGCAGCUACCCCCAGCAAAGUGGCCACCCUGGAUGUAGGGGCUACUAUGGCUCUGGAGAAAGGCUCCAAAAAUCCAGAACAUUCUGUGAUCAUGAGGAGGCCGCAGGAUGAAGCUGUGUGUCCCCUCGGCCGGGCCCAGAAAGGAGAUCUGGUUGGUAGCACUCAUGAGCAUGGUUCCCACAGCUGCUCCGCUGCUUCUAAGGAUCCCAAGGCCUCAGAUGGCUGCUUGCCCAACUGCCUCAGGUGUCAGGUCUCGCUCCCAGGGAAGAGCUCUGGAGGCAUCGAGCAGCAAGAGGACCCACCGAUGGCCAGCGUGAGCCCCACGCUCCUGCCGCAGUGUACGCGCCACAGGAAGCAGGUCCAGCUGCUCUUCUGCGAAGACCACAGGGAGCCUAUCUGCCUCAUCUGCAGCCUGAGUCAGGAGCACCGAGGCCACCGGGUGCGCCCCAUCGAGGAAGCUGCCCUGGAAUACAAGGAGCAAAUUCAGAAGCAGCUGGAGCAUCUAAAGGCGUUGAGAAGCUCCGGAGAAGAGCAGAGAUCUGAAGGGGAGAAGAACACUGCAAACUACCUGAAACAAACUGAAAUCCAGAAGCAGAGAGUCAGGUACCAGAUAGAGCAGUUGUGCCGGUUCCUGGAGCAGCAAGAGCGGCUCUUUGUGGCCUGGCUGGAGAAGCUGGCGCAGACCAUCGUCCAGGUCAAGGAGACAUAUGACACCCAAGUGUCCAGGGACAUUGCCCUUCUCAACGAGCUGAUCGAGGAGCUGGAGACCAAGCAGUGUCAGCCGGAAUGGGAGCUUAUGCAGGACAUCGGAGCAAUCCUGCACAGAGCCAAGACAGUGACUGUCCCUGAGCCAUGGACUACCCCUCUAGAGGUGAAAGAGAAGAUCCACCUGCUCUACCAGAAAUCAGAGUUUGUGGAGAAGAGCAUGAAGAAUUUCUCAGGAACUCUGCGUUCAGAAAUGGAAACCUUCAGUGUUCCAGAACUGAUUGAUGCUCAGGCACAUGCCGUUAAUGUGACUCUGGAUGCAGAGACUGCCCACCCCAACCUCAUCAUCUCUGAUGACCUGAAGAGUGCAAGACUUGGAAACAAGUGGAUCCGUAUGCCUGACAGUCCAGAGAGAUUUGAUAGCUGCAUUUUUGCUCUUGGCUCUCCGAGCUUCCUCUCUGGCCGUCAUUACUGGGAAGUGGAAGUGGGAGACAAGACAGGGUGGGUCCUGGGCAUCUGUGAGGCAUCCACAAGCAGAAAGGGGAACAUGACCCUGUCGCCGGAGAAUGGCUACUGGGUGGUGAUGAUGAUGAAGCGGAAUGAGUACCAGGCAUCCACCUUUCCCCCGACCCGCCUGCGGAUGAGGGAGCCCCCCAGGCGUGUGGGCAUCUUCCUGGACUACAAGGCCGGAGACAUUACCUUUUACAAUGUGACAGCCAAAUCGCACAUCUACACAUUCACCAGCUUCUCUGCCUCUGGGCCCCUUCAAGCUAUCUUCAGCCCUGGGACACAUGAUGGAGGGAAGAACAUGGAUCCUCUCACCAUCUGUCCAGUCGGUGACCAGGGGCCUCACUGA